CGGCUAUUCAAAACGCCCCCACUCUCUCUCUCUCUCUCCCUCCCUCCCAAAUGCGGCAGCAGUCACUCCUCCCUCUCUCAUCACAAUUAAUUCCCAGUCUGUCCCGCCUCACCCUCUGCAACGCGUAGUAACACCGAUCCCUAUCCCGAGAUGAAGAGCCUCUUCUUUAAUGACCUCAGCUUCUCGCUCUCUCCUGUUAAAUCCGAUAGCCAACGCCUUCGUAUCGCCGACAUACUCGCAGACGAGGGCGAAGAUUCUGAUUUAGAUUUUGGUAUGGAUAGGUGGCGGCGCAAUGACGGGUCCACGAACCUACAGUGUUCUUCACCACGGCGGGUUGUUGCGCGGUGGCUGGCGGCGCUGAGGCGGAUCAAGGAGACUAGGAAUAUCAUGGUGCAGGGCCAGAAGACGGCGGAGGAGGAGGAGGAGGAUGAGCGGCAAGUUAGAAAAUUCGCUGGCGGGUCGAUUCAUGCAAAGCGCUCGAUGAAUGGUCUGGACGUGGUUGAUUCCUCGCCUUUGGCUACAGAAAGUGAGGAGUCAGUAUAUCCAGGGCGUUGCAGAAAAGAUGCUUCUUUCAACUUGGGAGUUGGGUGUAGUUUGCUCUAUCUCAUUGCAGCAAGUAAAAAUGAACUUACGAAGAUGGUGGAGGUUCGAAAGCAAGUGGAAACACUUCUUCUUAAUGUCAAAGAAGAAUUGAAAAGGAAGGAUGCAGAGUUUAAGGCAUUCGAAUCAAAUUUCACUGUUGCCUAUUCCACCAGUGAUGUACUAGAAAGUCCAAACUCUAACAGCAGGGUUUCACGGCAGUCGCAAACCACAUCACAUGUUUUACCAAUUUCGGAAACAAUUUUGAUGCAUGAUCAGCCUUUGAAAUGUAAUUCACUUCAACAAGAGGAGUACCUAGAAGGAAUGGACGGACUUGAAGCAGAACUUGAAGCUGAGUUGGAGCGCUUGCAGAUCCACUUGGAGAGAGAAAACUCGUUGAAGCAUACACAGCAGCGAAAAACAAAGGUGACUGUUAAGGACAUAGCAUCUGUCAGAAGCCCUAGUUUGAGUUUUGGCGAAGUGAUUGACACUCAAAAUCCCGGUACCAAAGUGCAUUUUGGUGUUCAACCCACUGAACUUGAGAGCAGGUUGCAUGAACUACUGGAAGCAAGACAGCAAGAACGGAUAAAAGAACUAGAAGCUGCUCUGGAAUGUGCCAUGCACAAGCUUCGAGAGAAAGAAACAGAGGUUUCUUGGUGGAAAGGCACUGCAAGAUUUAUUUCCCAGCAUGUUCCAGGGCCCUCGAGAUUUGUUUCCCAACAUGCUACAGAAACCUCUUAGCUAUGGACAUAAGCAUCAAAUUGUAAACAAUAGUUUUUUGAGUGAGAUUUUGAUCAAUCCACCAUGCAUGUGUAACUGUGCUUGGUGUUUAAUGGUGAGUUACCUUUUCUAUUUGGUUUUUUGUGUGGGACAUAGUUUGCGGAUUGUAAAUGGGAAAAAUAAUAGUCCAUAGAUUCAAUAAAUACAACGGUGGGAUUCAAG